AUGGAGGAGCGGGGCCCACCUGCAACCAGCGCCGACGACGUCAAAGACGACCCAGCUCCUGCGUCAGAGACACAGCUAGUGCCCUAUGGCCCCAUCGAUCGCCCCAACGAAACAUACGUAAUCCAUUUCCCUAAAGACCAAAUCUACCGUGUGCCGCCGCCUGAAAAUGCCAUAAUCGUGGAGAAGCACAGGCCGGUGACCAAGAAGAAAUCAUCAGUACGCAGGCACUGGUGUUUGGCGCUCCUUGUCAUAUUGCUCGUCCUGUUCUUCAUAGCCGGCAUAACCGUGCUGAUAUGGUACCUCGUUGUGAGCCCUAAAGACCCUACAUUCUCAAUCACGCAGGUCAAUGUGAUGAAACCAGCCAGCAAUGAUUCAGAUCUAGGAUAUGAGAUCUCGUUGAAAGCUGUGAAUCCUAAUGACAAGAUGAGCAUAAGAUUCAACGAUGGUGGUGGAACUUCUCUUUUAUACGGGCAAAAGGGCAUUGCUAAGGGCAAAUUUUCACAUGAUGAACUAGAUGAUGAUGAGUCGGAUGUCCUAAAACUUGUUCUAAAUGGAACAAUCACUGCGUUGCCAAGCGACGUCCAGGAAAGCAUCGAAGACACUAGUUCGAACACGACGACGUCGCCGUUGUCCCUAAAUCUUAAAAUGAGUGACCUUCCUCUACAUAUCAAAUAUGGAUUCUUUAAGAAUUGGGAUAAGAAAGCGGAAGUCGAAUGCAACUUCAAGGUGGACACAUUGGGAUCGACUACAAAGGUUCUUGAGCAAGAUUGUGAUACUACAUUGAAAUGAAGGAGGUGGUAAUUGAGAAAGGUGAUAUAUUUGAAAUUUAAUUUUUCUCAA